UGCUAUACAUAUAUUUUUUUAAAUCGCAUCAUGGCCGCUUGGCGUUCAUUAAUUGACAAACCUUUUCAUGUAAUUUUCAAAUCUCAAUGCAAAAUUGAAGAUAUGAAUUUACUGUUAUAAGUGCAUUGUAUUGGUAUUAAUUAUUACUUAUGUAAUAUACAUUUAAAGAGUAUUACAAUAAAGAUAUAUUAUAAUACAUAGGUGGAUAUAAAACCGGUGUUAAACAGUUAUUUUAUUUGUGUGGUUAUAUUUUUUAUGAGUGUGACUACUAUAAUAAGAAUUCUGUGUAUGAAAAUCGUAAAGGCGACAGUGUCAUGAUAGAUAAAGUAACCUUAUACUAUUGCUAUAAACAGAUAUGUCUGUGCAUUAUAAAUUUAAAAGUGCGUUGGAUUACGAUACAGUAACCUUUGAUGGCCUACAUAUAUCGGUAGGGGACUUAAAAGCUGCUAUAUCGCAGCAAAAACGUAUCGGAAAAACUUCUGAUUUUGACCUUCAAAUAACGAAUGCACAGACCAAAGAAGUGUAUGUGGAUGACGGUACAUUAAUUCCCAAAAAUACAUCUUUACUAGUGGCCAGAGUUCCUUUAGCUCAACAGCCAAAGAAACAGUGGGAUAAUAAUAACAGUCAAGGAGCACCUGUCAAAGAUGUCUCUGUUAAUAAAGGGGUGGCUGAUCUGUCUCGCAUGGAGGGCAGUGAGCAGGACAAGAUUAAUGCUAUGAUUACCCAAUCAACUUUUGAUUACGACCCAAGCAACUACCAAAAGAUACGAGGUCAAAAUCAAAGAGGUGCAGUUCCAAGUAACUAUAUAUGUUUCAAAUGUCAGAAUAGAGGCCAUUGGAUUAAAGAUUGUCCUGUAGCUAAUUCUAGUGACCCAAUAGAAAUAAGACGAAGUUCAGGGAUACCUCGCAGUUUUAUGGUCCCUGUUGAUGGUCCAAAAGCUCCUGGAGCCAUGAUGACUCCAAGUGGAACAUUUGCUGUUCCUGCUGUAGACCGUGAGGCCUACUUAGCAUCGGAAAGUGCAGUAGGGCCUGAAACAUUGCCCAAUACUCCAGCGGCUCCUGAACCAACUAUUCCUGAUGAGUUGAUAUGUAGCUUGUGCAGGGACCUUCUUACUGAUGCCGUAAUGAUACCGUGCUGCGGAAACUCAUUUUGUGAUGAAUGUAUACGAGGAGCUUUAUUGGAGUCUGAAGACCAUGAAUGUCCAGAUUGUCGUGAAAAGGAGAUAGCACCUACUACUUUAAUUCCCAAUAGGUUUUUGAGGAACUCUGUAUCGUCGUUCCGUAAUCAGACAGGAUAUAGUCGGCGAGCGCCGCAUCGCCCGUCUGCGGCUCAGCCAGCGCAACAGAAAGAACAAGCUCCAUCAGUUUCAGUUUCACCAAAGAAUUCAGCAAAUGACGCGGUAGAGGAAAGGGGCGGGAGAAGGGAGGAAUCUGACGGUUCUGUGGACGACAACAUUACGGUGACAGUGCCACCGGCGCUCACGCAGGGCCCCGCCCCUCCACGACCACGAUACGAACAUCGAUCACGAUACGGACCUUCCAAAAACCUGAAAAUUGAAAUACCUCCAAAUAGGUCAAAGGAGGAGCAAAGGUCUAGCACACCAACGAUUGACGAAAGAAGGGAUCCGAAUAUACCGCCACAGGGAGUGUACAAUCGUGGACCUCUACCGUAUAUACCACCACAGCCUAUUUACGGAGCGCCACCUCCUUACGGCAGACCAAUUGGAAGGCCAUAUCCAGAACGUUUUCCGCAUCACGAUCCAUAUCAACCUCCACCGCCAGGAAUCAAGGAUUCUCCAAAUGGGCGCAGUGAGGACCCGCUGGAGGCGUUCAAUAGAAUGAUACGCGAGAAGGAGAUGCGGGCGAAAAGAAGAGAAGAGGAGCGGCGUCGAGUGAAAUCGGGUUCGCGGAGCCUCUCGCGGUCGCCUCGCCUCCAGCGGCUGUCGCGUUCCCCCCGCCCCUUACGGGGAUCUCGGUCCCCGCGUCUGCCGCGCGCCUCUCGAUCUCCCCGACCCCCGCGUGGAUCCCCUUCGCCGCGCCCCCUACGGGGAUCCCGCUCCCCCCGGCCCCUUCGGGACUCCCGAUCGCCGCGCCCUCCGCGGGGAUCCCGGUCCCCUCGCGCCCGCCCUCGUAGCCGUGGCUCCAGUCGCCUAAGAUAUUCUAGAUCGCGGUCGUUAUCGCGUGGACGCUUGCGCCGUUCUCCGUGGUCGCCGCGUAGAAGACGUUCGCGGGAUAGAUCUGUUUCGCUGUCGCGAUCUCCAUCUCCCCGCCGUCGUAUCCGCUCUCCACUGCGCUAUCGCUCGGCGCUGCGCUCUCCUGUUGGGCGAUCACCACUCCACUCGGUGGUGCGAACUCCGCUGCGUUCUCCGCUCCGCUCGCCGCCACGCUCCCCGCCUCGAGGUGCUCGUUCGCCGCCAAGGCAGAUGUCGCCACAUAGAUUCACGGGUGUUUACGACGAACUGUUGUCGCCGCCGCGUCGUAGUGAGCCAUCCUUCGGAGGCAGAUAUGGUCCUAGGAACAAUGUUGGCCCCACGUUCCCGCCACUUGGGGCUAAACCUGUUCCGCUCAUGGGUCUUAAUCUCCAACCUCAGCCCGAAGUCCUUCUCCCAGGUUACCGAGGUCGUUUUGAUCCAUCGUUCGACGACAUUCCACCAGGGGUAGAUCCACCGGUACCGGGAUUCGAGCCACCACCUUUCGAAAAAGCACCAUUUGGUCCACCUGGUUCAGAACGCGAUAGGCUACCGCCAUCAAACUUCCGCGAACCUUAUCGUCCUCCGGCGUACGUUGAUGGUACUGGAAGUUACAGAGAUGCUCCUGUAGCUCCAAUAUCAAACGAUGCUCCACCACUGCAUCUGGAUCACCCACGUUACAGGGAUAACUUCAGAGGGGGUGCCCCUUAUCGUGAUGGUGGUUCUUUACCUUACAGGGAUGGACAGGCUUACAGGGAACAAGGUGUGGCCCAUCGCGAUGCCAACUAUAGAGGUGGAUCAUCACAAUUUCGUGAAACUUCUUUCAGAAGUGUACCGUAUCGGGAUGGAAAUUAUAGAGAUAAUAUUCCACCCAAUUUCCGUGAAAGUGGUAUACCUUUUAGACCACCUAGUGCUGAUCCGAGGGAACAAAUUCCCCCAUUCCAUGAUCCUAAUUAUCGCGAAGGAUUUAGAGAUGAUACCAGUCGAGAUGGCAGACAAGCAAUGCGUUCCAAUAAUUCGUCUCGCAGGACUGGCUCUAGGCGUGAAAAGGAUAAAUCUAGAGAAAGAUAUCCCGAUGGUCGUGAAAUACCGGAGAGAACAGAAAGAUCGCGGGCCAACGAAAAAAGUCGUGAAUCCCGUGAUGAUCGUGUGCGUGACUAUGAUCGAACAAGAGACUUUGAUAAAGAUCGUCAUGAGCGUGGCUCACAGGAAAAGAAAGGUCGCUCUCGAGAUAUACGUGAAAAACAUCGCAGCGAGUCUAGGGGCCGGUCUCGUGAACGUGAAAGCAAAAGAGAUAGAAAAGAAGACAGAGGUCGAGACAAAUUAUCUCCUGAAAAAAGUAAAGACCAUAAAGACAAAGAUAAAAAAGUGAAAGACCGAAAAAAGAAAAAGCGUGAGAAAGAAAAAGAAAGAGAGAUAGAAAAGAAGAAAAAACGUGACAAGAAAGAAAAGAAAGAUAAAGAAAAUAAAAAAGAGGAUAAUGGAGAACAAAAAGAAACACAACUUACUGAACACAAUAAAGUGGAAGAAAUGAAAGGAGACGCAGAGAAAAAAGAAAGUAAAUUAGGACAACAUUCGUCUGAAGAAAACGAAAAUGUUCAAAAGCUUGCAGAAAAUAUUAAAGUUGACUUGUAUGGAGACGAAACAGCUGCAGUUGUAGAUAAAGAAAUUACAGAGAGUUAUGUAAAAUCAGAAACAGGUGACUGUAAUGAGGAAGUAAAAGAAUGCGAUGCUGCUAAUAAAGAAGAACCUUUUGAUGGAAUUGAACUACAACCGGCUGCUGAUGAAUUGGCAGUUGAUAUGGAAAUUCCUUCCAGUAAUAAUAAAGAGGUGUUGGCUCCAUUGCCAGAGCUAUCAAAGUGGGAAGUGGAUGAUGACAACCAAGAAAAAUCAAAGGAACCUGGUGAAAUAACUUCUCCCGAUCUAAAAUCUGAUUCUAAAAAAGUAACAUCUGAAGUAAUUAAACGGGCGGAAAAAGCAAUAUUCGCAAAGGCUAUAAAUUCGUUGCGCCCAAUAGAAAUAAAGAAGAUUAGUAGUGACCGCGUUAAGUUAUAUGGAGAUGAACAACCGAAACCUACGUUAAAUGAUAUUCAAAUAACUGUACCAGUAACUGAAUUAGAAAGAAAAACAUUAGAAUCUAGCGACAGACAAAGUAGGAAUUCUAAAACACCACCCCCUCGAAUAUCAGUGAAAGACAGAUUAGGUGGAAAAGUUGAAAAUGUUCAUAAAGGAAGAGAACCUCGUGUGGUUCAUAGCACUGUUGAACGUGUUAAAUCAAGAUCUAAAACUCCAUCUAUUCGCAGGGUGACGUUGCAAAAAGAGCGAAGUAGAAAAUCAGAAACCCGAAACAUUGUGCCCAAAGACCGAAAUACGGACAGGCGAGUCAAAACGGAUAAUCUAAAAGCAGAAAAUAAUCACGAUAAAAAGAAAGAAAAAACACACGGAGAUAGGAAAAUUAAUGACGAAAAACUUGGACGUAGCAAAAUAAGUGAUAACUCUGAAUUUAAUUUGACCAACGAUAAAGAACGUAAAAAGUCAACGCUAGACGAAGCACACUUUGAGCCGGAUUACGAUGAAAAUGUGGAAUCUGAAACCGAGACCAAAGAAGAGUCUAGCAAAAAAAGAGAACGUUCUGCAUCCCCAGGCCCAACACCGACAAAGAAACCCAAGAUUGAGAAUGAAACAAUUAAACUAGAUCUAACUAACGUUAAAAAGAGAUCAGAUACAGAUACCGGGUCUUCUAGCUCUGAUGAUUCAUCUUCAUCUUCUUCGUCAGAUGGUCGUAAACGAAAGAAGAAAAAGAAGCGAACUAAGAAGAAGAAGAAACGUGCGGCAAGCGAUAGUGAAAGCGAGUCUGACUCUAGUUCUGAGGACCAUAAGAAAAAAAAGAAAAAACGUAAGCAUAAGAAAAAGUCAAGCAAGAAAAAGAAAAAAUCAAAGCAUAAGUAAUGUUUAAUCCUAAAUAAAUUAUAAACAAACGCAAUUUCAAUUGCGUCGCUUUUAUUAUCGGGUAACUUAAGACUUGGUUGAAUAUUUAAAAGUGAAACUAAUAUUAUGUAUGUAUUUGUGUUGUAGUCAUAUGUUUAACUAAUAAAUGAUGAAUACAUCUUACUUAGAAGUAA